GAGAAGGGAGAGGGGUUUGGGUUCAGUGAAGUUCUACAAAUUUAAAACCCGAAAAAGCUUUCGAAUCCCGUAUCUAGGACUCGCGCGAAUGGCGAUUGAUCUCAAUAGAGGUUUCGAUUGAUCGAGUUGUACGGGGGGAACGAUCGAUUAAUCGAGUUUUUGCUGAGCUCCUAAAUUUGGAAUAGAUUCGGCACGGGUUCCGUAUUUCGGAAGUAAAAGCGAUGAAGAUCUAAGAUGGAUGAAUUAACUACCAAGCCUGGAAUUUGGCGGUGCUCGAUUUGUACAUAUGAAAAUGAUGAAAUCUCUUCUUCUUGUGACAUAUGUGGCGUCGUGCGGGAUUUGAAUGGUAUAAUCGGCAACGAUAGCGAAAGAGAUGUUCAUGGCAAGCAGAAGGGUUCCGGAGUAUCUAUUAUGGCUAGGUCUCUUUUUACCCCAUCGCCUUCUAGGAUGCCCAAAGCAGCUCUCAUCACAGAUGGUUUGCAAGCUACCAGGAGCGAGAAAGGAUAUAUGCACACAAGCUUUAAUGACCUCCAGAGGACAUUUAUGCCUCCUAUUUACAAUCCAUCUGUCAAUAUAACCCCUUUCAAGUUUGAUACACCAUCUCCAGAUGAUAUAGUUUCUGCAGGCAAGAAACCUUCAGGAACUUUCCUAAAAGUUGACACGGCACCUUCAACUUCAGCAAAGGCUUCAUCUGGCAUCAAGGGAAAGAAGGCAAUAGUGAAUGUUUUACCAGACAACAGAAUAGCAGCCAGUUCAUCAGCUUCAUUGGUUACAGCUGGUCAACUUGAUGAGGAUGAGAGCAAUAAUAACACCAAAGAAGAUGCAGCACAAACUUUAGAAGAGAAUCUAACUGGCUUGAAGUUGGAUAAAAACUCCAGGCAUAAUAAAAGCAAUAAAGCCAUGUUACAGUACCAGCCCGAAAAAUGGAUGCUUUCUGAUGAAGAACAGUUGCCGAGUCAAUUGAAUCUUGCAAUUGUUGGUCAUGUUGAUUCUGGGAAGUCUACAUUAUCUGGGAGACUGCUACAACUUAUGGGACGGAUUUCCAAGAAGCAAAUGCAUAAAUAUGAGAAAGCAGCUAAAGAAAAGGGAAAAGGCUCAUUUGCUUAUGCUUGGGCAAUGGACGAGAGUACAUAUGAGAGAGAAAGGGGUAUAACAAUGACAGUGGCCGUUGCAUAUUUUGAGUCAAAAAACUACCGAGUUGUUCUUCUUGACUCCCCUGGCCACAAGGAUUUUGUUCCAAACAUGAUAUCUGGUGCAACACAAGCUGAUGCUGCUGUUCUAGUUGUUGAUGCUUCUAUAGGUUCAUUUGAAGCAGGCAUGAGCGGUAAUGGUGUUGGUCAGACCAAGGAACAUGCACAACUUACCAGGAGCUUUGGUGUGGAGCAUAUUAUCAUUGCUGUUAACAAAAUGGAUGUGGUAGACUUCUCUAAGGAACGAUUUGAAUUGAUAAAAUCCCAACUUGGUCUUUUCCUACGUUCCUGUGGGUUCAAAGAAUUGUCAAUGACAUGGGUUCCACUUAGUGCAAUGGAAAAUCAAAAUUUGGUGGCAACUGCUUCAGAUACACGGUUGACUUCCUGGUACACAGGAUACUGUCUAUUAGAUGCCAUUGACUCUCUACAGCCACCACAUCGUGAUGUUUCUAAGCCUCUUCUUCUGCCAAUAUGUGAUGUUAUCACCUCACACACUCUAGGUCAAGUGGCAGCUUGUGGUAAAUUGGAGACUGGAGCAAUUCGUGUUGGUUCUAAGGUUCUCCUUAUGCCUUCAGGAGAUUUAGCUACAGUUCGAACUAUUGAGCGUGACUCUACUAGUUGCAGCAUGGCGAGAGCCGGAGAUAAUAUUGCUGUUAGUUUGCCAGGCGUGGAUGCUAGCCACGUGAUCCAAGGUGGAGUGUUGUGCCAACCAAAUUUCCCCGUGAAAGUUGCAACUAGUUUGGAGCUUAAAGUCCUUGUCUUGGAUAUAACUAUUCCGAUUUUGGUUGGCGUUCAGGUCGAGCUCCAUAUACACCAUGCGAAGGAAUCUGCGAGGGUGGUGAAAAUAUUGGCUUUGGUAGAUCAGAAAACUGGAAAUGUUUCUAAGAAGGCGCCACGGAUGCUUACAGCAAGGCAAAGUGCUAUCAUAGAGGUAAAGCUGGAUGGAGCAGUUUGUGUGGAAGAGUUCUCGAAUUGUCGAGCUCUCGGUAGAGUUUUCUUGCGAGCAUCGGGGAGUACCAUCGCGGUGGGCAUUGUCGUCCGCGUUCUUGAGCACUAAGGUCCACAAGAUGGUCAUGCUAGCUGAUUUAGCGAAAUACUUUGCGCAACCUGAGGCCGCGCUUUUGAUCCGAUGAGCAGAAUCUCAAAAGAAGAUGAAAUUUUUGCUUAUCUCGUACAAUUUCAUUCACAUUGGAGGAUCGAUGUUUUGGUGAUGUAUGAACUGCGCAAAAGAGUAAAUAUUCCUGCAGUUUUUGUUGUACUUGAACACAGUAUCCAAGUACUUAAAAAAAGGUACAAACAUGCAAACAAAAACCUACUAUUGACUGUAACAUGUUUACAUACUAUAUGUUGGGUUAGUGGUAACACUCCUUAAGGAAGAUUAAGAGAAUGUUUACAUUUUCUUUCUUUUCUUAUAUUCAUAUGUUUUUAUUUUCCAAUAAUAUUAAAAUAGUUUGUUCU